AAGGCAUCUACCAAGCUGUUGAGAUUAUUACCCAUGGCCGAGGUUAAUAAAGUCGGUGGUUCACCAUACAACUUACGCAAAAAUGCUCCCUCAAAAGGGCCAUCACCAAGAAAACCAAUCCGGAAAAAUGAUAAAAAAGAAAAUGAUAAUGAAAUAGACUUUUCAGGUGAUGAAAUAGACUCGUCUCCUCAAAGGAAAGAAUCAACUUCACCUGAUGCUCGAAAUAUUUCAAAACUUUCUGAGGAUGGACAAUCACCUCCACGAAAAUCACCCAAAACAUGUUCCCCAGUUGGCAGUUCACAGUCAGACCAUGGAUUUUCCAGUAAUUCAAGUUUUGAAAGAAGUCCAUCACCAUGUAAAAGUAAGAAAGCUGAACAUUCUACACAGGAAGCAAGUAAAAAAUCUAGUUCAGGAGAGCGUUCAUUCCACUCAUAUGCAUUUAUUGUCCUGGCCAUUGUAAUGGUUUUGUUUGGCAUAUACAGUAAUUGUCAUUUCUUCAACAAUACUGAUAACAUUCGUGGAAACUUGACUCCAGAAGGAAACACAAAAAUUUCUUUUGACCAUUUUCAGAGAAGAUUUAAGGAUUUGAAGAUGAAAUUUCCUGGACAAGAGAGAAUCUUUUGGAGGACAAUCUUUGGAUUGCUCCGACCCAUGAUAGUGGAGACAAACCCUGCAGCUCCUGCUGUAUUUAUGAUGGUUGUCCCAAAAAACCAGGAUGGAGAGUCACGCACUGCAGAAUGCUUAGCUAAACAGUUACUUACUCUAUAUUCUGGCCUGUUUAACAGAUCCCAUGGGAGCCAGGGGUCACACAUACAUAUAACAAGAGAUCUCAGUCAUGAGAGUCCUGCAGUAGAAAAAAAGGAGUUAGAUAACAAGCUUCAUUAUAUUUUUGGACAGUCACAAGGAAAAGGUGUGAUUCUGGAUAAUUUUGAAUCCUUAACACCAUUUGCAGCACUUCUUCUUCAUGGCUUCUGUGAUGGUGAUAAUGCUCCUUAUAAGGAUGUUCUAUUCAUUCAAGUCGUCUACACUGACAUGAAAGCAGAGGAAAUAACUAGUCAGAAAAAUUACAUGGACAAGUAUUUGAAAGAGUUGUGGAUCAGUGACCUAGAUGAAGAUAAGAUACAACCAUUGCUUACAAGAAUUGCAAAUAAUGUUGCAAUGGUUUCACCAGAGACUGAACAGACACUUCAAAAAAACUGUUGAAUUUUUGUUUUGUGAAUAUUUGUUAUUACUAAAGUUUUGUUUUUCAUUCUUUGAAGAUAAAGUGUCAAGUGAUCUCUUACUGUCAUAUUUUGGCUGUGGUAGAUUUGUAACCAAUAUUCAAUUUCAUGUGUUUCAGUUCACGGAAUAAAUUUACAAUUUUUGAUAAAUUGAAAGAAUCUUCCAUGCCCUUUGAAAACUAAAUUGGAAAUUGUAAAUUAGUAACAAAAACAGAUGACCAAUAAACACUUGGGCAAUGUUAUCUAAUACAGGAACUGUGAUUUAAACUGAUGUACUUAUAAAAUACAUUCCUUGUGGGCCAUAAUAUAGUAUUCAAUUAUUCUAAUGUGCCAUGCAUUACACAACCUUUUGUUUGACAUUGCUGAUAGCAAGGGAUUAAAUGUUUGACUUCAGGAUAAAAUCAAAGUGGACCUCCUUUUUCAUUGGGAGUGAAACAGCAGGUUCAGAAUAUGAUAGUGCCAUAUGACAACACUGUAAUGUAAGGUCAUUUUACAAUUUUCAGUCUUUUUGUUUGCAGCUCAUAGUUUAUUGAAGUUUUGUAGAAGAAUAUAUGAAAUUAAUUUGGGAAAAUUACAACUUUUUCCUGAACUCGUGCAUAAUAUAUUUAUAUCAUGUGAAUAUGUCUUUAUCAGAUGUUGCUGAAAGCACUGGCUAAUAUUACACAACUGUACACACCCCUUUGUGUGGUACACAUUUUGUCAUAUGUUGAUAGAAUAUGUUGUCAUCAUGCUUGAGUCGUUUAUUUAUCUUGGUGUAGUGCAGAUACCCAAUAAGAAAAUCUUACAUUGAGAUGUUAAGAAUACCAGGCUGGGAUUAAGAAAAAUCUAUAUAUCUAAAAAACACUUACCUGGUAUUUGUGUCAGAGAUAUGAAUGAAAAAAGUAAGAGCUAUUAUUUUGAAAGUCUUCUAUUCAACAAAAUUAUUUUCCUUGUGAAUUAAGCCUCUUAAAGACAAUUUAACAUGUCAUCAGUUUCACUAAGAUGUCUGUUAAUGCAAAAUGUUUAUUGAAAAUGCAAGACAGACUACAGAAAAGACAAGUUAGCACGUUUAACAAUACAGGAAAGCAGUCUCUUAUUAAGGAUAGAAUUUCAAUUUUCAUUUCUCUGCAAUUCUCAUUGAUAUGCUACAAUAUAAACUACAGUGGAUUGUAUAGAGUGAAAAUUACAAGUUUAGUUUUAGUUAGACUGAAAGGUGUCAAGGUUGGGAUUCCCUUUUGUGAUAUUGUGGAAAGGAAAUUUGUGAUAACGAUUUCUUUUAACAUGCAGACAGUCUUCUAGUCUUCUUCCAGUGUUUUAACACAUUUAAAUGUAUGUGCAACAAUCACGCUUCACCUGCCUCGACCGUUUGUCAUUAUUUGCGUAGCUACAAUUUUGCUACUUGUGGGCAUGGUGCAUCAAUGUAUAUAAGCUUGUUUACUUUAAAUGUGUCAGUGUUAUUUUUACAAACUUUACAAUGGUUAUAGGACAUUAAGUUUUGGACCUGUUUUACUGAGAUAUGAGACAUGGCGUAAGGAUUCUGUAUGUAUCCAGCAAUUUGUAUUUAGGGUAAAGCCUGUCAACUUUAAAUAAAUGGCUGGUCUGUGUUUUAAGUACAAUGUAACUGGGUUAAGAUAUUCAAACCAGAUAUGGUUUAAACCCUUUUGUCGUAACCUGUAAUUUCACAACAUCCUGGUCAAAUUUUGACAGCAGUUGUCAAGAGAUAGUACCUAUAUAAUCAUUUGAUUGACAGCAUUAACCUGUAUUCAUGAUCACAAUCAAAUUUGUCUGAAAGGAAUGCAGCAAACAAAAAUGAGUCAACCGAAGACUAUUUAGCAUGAGAUUCAUACAUAUAUUAUGAUUUUUAAUAUAUAGAUAAUCAAUUGGUAUACUGGUUCAUUUAAAAUUUGGUCGAGUGAAUGACUUUGAUCAACUUUCAGUAUCAUGUUUGAAUAACCAUUUUCAAAAGAGCAGGUGGGAUGGAAUUGUUUGUUAUAGACAUAUAUAGGUUUCAACAUAGGUUUACUGGAAAUGUACUUUCUCUGAUAACUGGUACAAACCAAAAUGCCUUCAUAUCUACAUAAGUUUGAAUCGCUAGAAUUGCUCUUGUGAGGGAACAUGAAGUGUGAAUGAACCUUAUCUAGUUUAACAGGUUUGACAUGUUUCUGUGUACAAUCAAGAUCACUAUUGCUGCAGGUAGAUGUGUUAAAAGAUUUCCAUAUAAUUCUACACAACUUCAAAACCUCUAUCUUUGUUAUGCACAGCAGUGGCUUCCUAGUAUAAAUGUAUUAUAAAUCUUUUCACAUCACAAUGUAUACAAUGUUAAUAUACAAGUAUUUGUGUUACCACGCUUAUGUUGAGUAGA